AUGCCUUCCGCCGUGGACCCUGAUGAUGACUUGUGGAUGGCCAUCAAACAAAUCUCCCAAUCGUCUGUGGGCUCGGAUUACAUCGACCAGCUGAUCCCCAUUAUGAAAGAUCCACGUUACUCAAACCAGCUGCAAAUCACAUUCGAUCGCUAUGCCAACGAUCGCGAGAGUGAGAUUGAACGGAUAUGCAAUGCGAAUCAUCAAGACUUCGUCAGUUCAGUUGAUUCGCUACUCAGGAUACGAGAUCAGACCGUACAGAUGAGUGGUGAGAUUCUGCAGCUCAACGAGUCGAUUCAAGAGAGCAUUGAGAAGCUGGCGGAGCAGAAGAAGGCCCUCGUUGAUUCGCGAGGCGUGCGCCAAAACAUCGAUGAAGCAUCUCAAGCACUGAACGCAUGUUUAAAUGUACUGCGAAUCGCCAAUGCGGUCCAGGAUAUGCUGAAAGAAAAAAACUACUAUGCGGCAUUACGAGCACUAGAUGAGCUGCAGACGAUUCAUUUGAAGGAGAUAAACCGGUUUAAGAUCGCCAACUUGAUCGAAAAGUCCAUACCGCAGACCCAAGAACAGAUUAGAGAAGCGGUCAAGAAUGAUCUAAGUACAUGGCUCUACCGCAUCCGCGAGUCGGCGCAGUUCUUGGGUGAAGUUUCAUUCUACUACACCGAUGUACGGAGGACCCGCAACCAGGAGCGCGCUGAGGCCGACCAACGUUUCUCAAAGUUCAAGCUGAACUCGGCGAUCGAACUUGUAGCCGAUGAGACAGACGAGUUCGACGUGCUGAAUAACGAGGAAGCUGGAAAUGAAACAGACUUCUCGCCUUUGUUCGAAGCGAUGCACAUCAACGAGACACUCGGCAAGAGCGACCAGUUCAGAUUGGAGUAUGCGUCGGAUCGGCGAACGCAGAAAGACCUAAUCAUUCCAAACAAGCUUAACUUGCUGGAUGAAGAGUGCGGCGACUUGAGUAGCUUGUUAGAGAGUAUCGCUGGAUAUGCGAUCAUAGAGAAGGCUACCAUGUCGAAGACUCUCAAUCUACGGUCACAGGCUGAUGUCGAUGAACUAUGGGACUCAAUGUGUCAAAGUGCGAUCAAUCUCAUUACUAGUCAACUCCACACGGUCGAAAACGACGAGCUACUCCUGAAGAUCAAGGGUCGCAUCGCGCUUUUCAUGCUGACAAUGGAGAAAUGGGGCUACUCCGUCUCCGCAAUGAACGACCUCCUCCUAACUCUCUUCUCCAAAUACUCCACCCUCCUCAAACACCGCUUCAGCGAGGACUUCCUCGAGAUUGUGCAUACCGACGACUAUAUGCCCAUGCCGAUCAAUUCGAGCGAAGAGUACGACAAGGUUGUUUCCGUAUCCUGGUACAAUCCUCCGGCCUCCAACGAACCACUCACGUUCCCGUGUGUUCUACCAUUCUCUCAGAUGUAUCCGCUAUGUUGCAUCGAUAUCCGAAAUUUCUUAAACCAGAUCUAUUUGUUCAGCGACGACUACUUCCAGAAGAGCAGUAUCAUUGACGAGACGCUGAGGACGAGUCUGGAUGAACUACUCUGCGAGAAGGUCUGUGGUAGUCUCAUAGAAAAACUUGCCAGUCAAUAUCCCGGGCAGAUUGUGCAAAUCUUGACCAACUUGGAGCACUUUGAGAACGCUUGCGUGGAGUUGCAGGAUCUCCUCUUCGAGGCGCGCUCCUCGCCAUCAGCAACAGGCCCCAUCGUCCUCGCCGCAACGGAUCGUUUCGCAAAAGCCAAGAACACCGCCUCAAACCGCGUCUUCGAGCUCGUAAACAGCAAGAUCGACGAUCUGAUCGAAACAGCAGAGUACGACUGGAUGGCCACGAAGCCGCAGACUGAGCCGUCGACGUACAUGUUGGAGUUGACUAGGUAUCUCUCCAACAUAAUGUCCUCUGUGCUUUUGGCCCUGCCGACGGAGAUCAAGGAGUUCAUCUAUUUUGAUGCCUUGUCACACGCAUCUACCGCCAUCCUCGACCUCCCUCUCGCCGACAACAUCAAGCGCAUCUCCCCCGCUGCCGUCGCUACCCUAGCUGCCGACACCGCCUUUCUCAGCCAAUUCGUCAGCUCUCUCAACAACCCCAUCUUGAUGGAGAACUUGGACGAGUUGACACAAACAGUAGCGUUGAUGGGUACAGACGAUCAACUCGAGUUCUUCGACAUCGCGCAAAGGAACAAGAAGUACAGUAAAGUGGACCAAAUGAAGGGCGCUAUCCUACUAGAGAAGGUACAAGAGGGUGCGCAGAUCGCAGCACAGAGCCCAACAGUGGGCGGAAGAGAGCGAUUCGGUACUAUAGGCUCGAGAUUCGGUAUCAGGUAG